CCCACCUCCUCCCGCCAAAGCGGCAAAAUCCCAAACCCUAAACCCUUCACCUUUUUUUUUUCCGCCCCUCCAAAUUCCGGCGAAUGCUGUAGCCGCCGAUUCAAAUACCGGCCAGAAGAAGCAACAUUGAAUGCAGAACCAGUGAAGUUCUAACUUGGACCACCGGAGUUUAGUGCGAUGUACGGACGACCAUCCAGAUUCUGCCCUCCCAGCGCGGGUUGGCGGCACCCCCAGCAGCAGCAACCGCCGCCACCGCAAGCGCAGUUUCCACCGGCGCCAUAUCCGAACCCUAAUGACCCUCUUCAAAACCUUAAUUAUCUUCUCCAAUCUCAUCUUGGUUUCAUUCCUGGUCACCAGAACCUCAACUUCCCUAUGCAGAACUCGAACUUGCCAAUGCAAAAUCCUGGUUUCCACUUCCCACAACCUCCCAAUCCAGGCUUCCAGCCGCACAGUUCGGUUACGGAGCCAGCAGAAGUCGAUGCGAGGAUCAAACCUACCAAGCCAGGUUUCCAGCCGCAGAGUUCGGCUACGAAGCAAGCAGAAGUGAAGGCGAGGAUCAAAUCUCCCAAUCAAGGUUUCCAGCCGCAGGUUUCGGCUACGAGGCCAGCAGAAGUCAUGGUGAGGAUCAACCAUGCUGUAGAUAAGGCACACAAGGAUCUUCUUGUGGCUGGAGAAAGCGUCUCAGCAUGGAAGGUCUCUCAAUCAUCGCUUUCAAUUCUCCAGGCUGAUUCAUGGGAUUAUUUAGGGCUCCGUAUGCAGGAAAUCGAUGCUCUUCAUCGCCUCAUUGUGGUGGAAGGGAAGAUCAAUUCAUUUAUUCACUGCUUUGUGGGGGUGAGAAGAAUUACUACGUUAUAUGAAUUGGAGAAGGCUAUAUGCAAGAAUGAGGGUGUUAAACAAUUUGAAGAGCUGAGACUGGGCCCUUUUCUGCGUCACCCUCUUGUUUUGCAUUAUUUCUCAGUGAAUUCCGAGGUAACUGAAGUAUUUAAAAUAAAGAGUGAGGAGAUUGUUUCUUUUCUUUCCGAGUUCAUCGAUGUGGAUGCUGGUAGAAAUAAAAAUUUUAGGGUUGAAGACUUUAUGGAUUUCAUUUCCGGGAAGCGAUCAGUCACAAAGAGGGAAAUGCUGGGUGUACGUGUUCAAAACUUGGGGAUGCAUAUUUCUGUUAUUCAGAAUGCUAGGAGAUCAGAAGAUGAAAUUCUCAGUAAGUAUCUAUCAAAACCUGACGAGAAACGUAGGAAACGUCCUCUUUUCUCAUUGCAGAAGCAACAGCUAGAUGAGCGUUUUAGUGCAAUAUCUCAGCGAGUUGAAUCAUUUUCCUCUGUUCACAAAGACUUUUGUGGCAAGCAUGUUAGAUUUGAUUCUUCAAGCUCAGAAGAUGAAGACAGCAAUGAUAACACAAAUAGCCAUGAUUCCAGCUCUCACAUAAAACUCUCAUUGCAAAGUAAUAAAAGUUCUGAGCGUACUAGUAGCUGUCCUUACCCAUCUGCAACUGAAGAAAUGACACGGCUUGGCUUGAAAGGUGAAGUAAGCGGCCAUGCUACUCCUAUUGGUGGUCAAAAGCACAGUAUGGGCAUUGGUUCAUCCAAAAGGAAAAGAAAAUCUAGAGAUCAAAGCCACACAGUUUCUGGAUCCCCAACCUUACGUAAAAAACCUAAGAUAAAAGCAAGCAUCCUCGACAAAGUCAGCAUUAAUAAUUUUGAUGAAGGCAGCAACGAUCAAGCUGAAUAUAAAAUUACAAAGAAUUCUUUGAGGAUAUUCAUCGCAACAUGGAAGGAUGGAUGUAGAGAUUUGUCUGUGGCCGAGGUACUCCAACGGAUGCUUCACCAUUAUGGAAUAAAAUUUCGGUCAAAAAAAAGAGUGGGAUCGAUGUUAUCGUCUUACCCAUUCAUUGGAUUACUCAAUGUUGCUGUUUCAUCUAUUAAAAAUGGGAUGUGGGACAGCAUUUAUGAUUCUUUACAAACAAUCAAUCUACAUGAAUCAACUAAUACACGUGUUGAGAAACAACCAGUAUAUGAGUGCAUAGAUGUAGGUCCAAGUGCAGAAGGUGCUCUUAUUAAGCAUGUCCCCAAGUCUAAACACGGCGUCACGGUGGAAGAUAUCAUCAAGAAAAUUGGUGAGCAUAUCAAGUUUGAGCAGGAGAUCCACAGCAACGAUCGGUUUCUCCUGGAAAAUAGAAUUUACAUUUUGAAACAGCUCUGCAGCUGUGAGUUCUGGCUUGUGGAGCAAUUUUCUGCCGAAGAUUUUAAGUCUCUUGGUCAUGGGGGCUUCUUCAUUUUCUUACAGAAGCAUGCCUCUAUGCUCCCUGAUGAGCUACGCAAGUUUUUUAUGCCUGAGAAUUCUGUAAGAUCCCCUUUGGAGGCUUGCAUGUUGCAGCGUCAGUUAGUGAAUUUAGUAUCACAAGCUUGUUACAAUUUAUCCGAGAAUGAACUAAUAAGCAAGCAGAUGAUAUGUGCCCUACUUACUCAGCAGUUUCCCUUUAUCAGUUUCAAACUGACUGAAAAUGGGUCUUUGGAAGAUUUUAUGGAGCUUGUAGGGCAGCAAAAGAACAAUGUUGUUUCAAAGUGCGUCAUCUUUUCUGUUACAUUAUUAGGAACAUGUCAUGUAAGAGAUUCUUUGGCAACGAUGGAUAAUGAUUUAAUGGGUGACAAUUCAGUUACUGCUGAAGUUGGACAAGGUUUGAGAGCCAUCGAACCUGUGACAUCAGAGGAUGCUAUGAAAGUCUUGGUCAGAGCACCAAUGUUGUUGGAUUUGAACUUAUGGUCUCAUUGGGAUAUCUUAUUUGCUCCAGCUCUUGGUCCUCUUGUACCGUGGUUGCAGAAUGAAGUUAAUACAGAAAACCUCUUGUGUAUAGUUACCAAAGAAGGCAAAGUUAUACGGAUAGAUCACACAGCUACUGCAGAUUCAUUCUUGGAAGCUGCACUGCAAGGAUCCCCUUUUCACACCUCGGUGAAGCUUUUAUCCAUAUUUGCUUUACUUGGGGGAGAAAAACAUGUCCCCUUAUCCCUUCUUAAGCACCAUGCUAACAAUGCCUUUGAAGUCAUUUUCAAGAACUCUGUUGAAAAUACAGAAGUGUUUGACAAGUGGUCCCUGGGGCAUGAAAAGGUGUUCUGUCAUCAGAACACUCUUGAGCAGGUUGCAGCUGGUAAUUUACGAUGUGAAUUGAAGAAGAAGAUUGAUAUGAGGAAUAACGCAAUUCCAGUAUUGUCUAGGUUUGUUAUUGAUUGUCUUUGUUAUCUGCCGUCAGAGUUCCGUUACUUGGCUGCUGAUAUAUUGCUUUCUGGAAUGAGUUCUGUCAUUAAGGAUGCUGCAUCAGCUAUUUUACAUGAGUGUCACAAACCAGAGCAGCGCCUUAUGCUUCAUGAAAUAGGAUUUUCUCUUGGUGUGCUGGAGUGGAUUCAGGACCAUCACAGAGUGUCUUCUAGUUCUUCAGAUCUGUUCACUGAUGAAUCUGCAUGCUUGAAUGAUAGGUCUAAGAUGAACAGAAAUUUACCCAUAGGUGGUAUUUUGACCCGGCAUUCUGCUUCAGAACAAAAUGUAUCUAUCUCUAUUGAAGGGAAUAUGUGUAAUGAAAAAAUAAGCGUUCCUAGCACGAACUGUGCUACCAAAAUUUGUAAUGAUGCAAAUGACCUCAGUUGUAUGUCACUUGCUUCAGAACCGAAUGGAAACGAGGACGCAGCCCAGAUCAUUCAGUCCGUCAGGCGCGAUGAAUUUGGUCUUGAUCCUGAUCUCCCUAAUGCUGAGACUGGUAUGUUGAGGAAGCAGCAUGCUCGCCUAGGAAGAGCUCUUCAUUGUCUUUCGCAGGAGCUGUAUUCUCAGGAUUCACAUUUUCUGCUUGAGCUGGUUCAAAAUGCUGAUGAUAAUGUCUAUCCACAAAGUGUGGAGCCCACUCUAGCAUUCAUUUUUGAGGAGUCGGGUAUUGUUGUUUUAAAUAAUGAGGAAGGCUUUUCUGCUAAGAAUAUCAAAGCACUCUGUGAUAUUGGGAAUUCAACAAAGAAAGGAUCUAAUGCUGGAUAUAUAGGAAAGAAAGGCAUUGGCUUCAAAUCAGUUUUUCGGGUCACAGAUGCUCCUGAGAUUCAUUCCAACGGGUUUCAUGUUAAGUUUGAUAUAAGUGAGGGGCAGAUUGGUUUCGUCUUGCCAACUAUCAUUCCUCCUUUCAAUGUUGACUUGUACGGUAGGUUGGCUUCUAAUGCCUCUGAUCAUCAGGAUACAAAUCUUUGGAAUACUUGUAUUGUGCUUCCUUUCAGAUCAAAGUUAUCUGGAGGAGGAGCUUUGAUAAAUAACAUUGUGAAUAUGUUUGCUGACCUCCAUCCGUCUUUGUUACUCUUUCUUCAUCGUCUCCACUGUAUCAAGAUCAGAAACUUGCUUGACAAUUCACUUAUUGUUAUGAGAAAAGAAAUUGUUGGAAAUGGCAUCAUUAAGGUUUCUCAUGGGGAAGAAAAAAUGACAUGGCUUGUAGUAUCACAGAAGUUGAAGGCUGAUGUUGUUCGGCAUGAUGUCCAAUCCACUGAGAUCUCAAUUGCAUUUACUCUCCAGGAAGAAGAGAAUGGGGCUUACGUUCCAUUUCUGGACCAACAACCAGUUUUUGCAUUUCUUCCUCUAAGAAUGUAUGGUUUGAAGUUUAUUAUUCAAGGAGAUUUUGUUCUACCUUCAUCCCGAGAGGAGGUGGAUGGUGAUAGUCCCUGGAAUCAGUGGUUAUUGUCAGAAUUUCCUGGUUUGUUUGUGAGUGCAGUGAAAUCUUUCUGUUCUCUUCCAUGCUUCGAAAGUUGUCCAGGGAAAGCUAUUGCAGAUUAUAUGAGCUAUAUUCCACUUAUUGGAGAAGUACAUGGUUUUUUUUCAAGUCUUCCUAGAUUAAUUAUUUCUAAAUUACGUAUGUCUAACUGCUUACUUUUGGAAGGAAAAGAAAGUGAAUGGGUUCCUCCAUGCAAGGUUUUAAGAGGUUGGAAUGAAGAAGCUCUUAUUCUUCUUCCUGAUAAUUUGCUUCGUGAACAUCUUGGGCUUGGAUUCCUUAAUAAGGAUAUAAUCUUGUCUAACUCACUAGCAAGAGCAUUGGGUAUUGAAGAGUAUGGGCCUAAAAUUCUAGUGCAGUUCAUGUCCUCUCUGUGUCAGAAGCAUAGCAGCCUUAAAUCAAUGGGAUUGGUUUGGUUGGGCUCUUGUCUAAAUGUACUUCACAACAUGCUUCUUCAGUCUCCUGGGCAAACAUCAUUAGAUUUGGAAAGGAAUACCGAUCUUAUAAGAUCUCUUCAGAAAGUUCCACUAAUUCCUCUUUCUGAUGGUACCUAUAGCUCCGUAGCUGAAGGUACAAUAUGGUUACAUUCUGAUUCUUCAAAUACUACCGUUGAUGGAAAGUAUGGACUCAAAGCUUUCCCAAAUUUGAAUGCUAAGAUUCGUGUAGUUUGUCCAUCCUUCCUUUCUCUUUUCUCUCAUGAUAACUCUCACGUGGAUGGGCCUUCAGUGGGAAACGUCAGCAGGAUGCUUCAUAGAAUUGGUGUUCAACGUUUAUCUGCCCAUGAGAUUAUUAAAGUACAUGUCAUUCCAGCUAUAUCAGAUGAAUCAAAUCUAAAUGGAAACAUAAUUUUAAUGACAGAAUAUGUUUGUUUUGUAAUGACUCACCUACUAUCCAGUUGUCCUGAAUGUCACGUAGAAAAGGGGUUUAUAGUUUCAGAAUUACGUAACAAGGUCUUUAUUUUAACAAACCAUGGCUUCAAAAGACCUGUUGAGGUACCAGUUCAUUUCAGUAAAGAGUAUGGAAAUCCCAUUGAUAUAGAUAAGCUCAUUAAUGUGGGAAUGAGUUGGCACGAGGUUGAUGACACCUAUUUGAAUCACCCAGUGACCAAUUCACUCUCUUGUGGACUCGAAAAAUGGAGAAAUUUUUUCCAAGAAAUAGGCAUCACAGAUUUUGUCCAUGUAGUUGAAGUUAACAGGAGUAUGGCUAAUAUGCCUAAUACUAUUAUGAAGAAUAGCUUGUGGGACCCAGAACUAAUAUCUUCUGGUUUGGUGGUUAAAGAUUGGGAAUCGCCAGAGUUAACUCGAAUAUUAACCACCCUGUUAUCCAAGCAUAGAAACCGAGAGAGCUGUAGAUAUCUUUUGGAGGUUCUUGAUACUUUAUGGGAUGAUCAUUUGAGUGACAAAGUUGUGGGUUACUGUAUUUCUAAAUCUAGUGGUUCUAGCAAACAAUUCCAGUCAGCUUUUAUGAGUUGCAUCUGUGAUGUCCAGUGGGUAGUAUCAAAUGUGGACAACAAGCUUCACUACCCUAAGGAUUUAUAUUAUGACUGUGAUGCAGUUCGCUCAAUCCUGGGUGCCUCUGCUCCUUAUGCCGUUCCAAAGGUCAGAAGUACAAAGUUAGUACGUGAUAUAGGGUUCAAGACUAGAGUUACCCUGGAUGACACUCUAGAUAUUCUAAAAGUGUGGAGAACUGAAAAACCUUUUAAGACAAGCAUAUCACAAAUGUGUACAUUCUAUACAUUCUUGUGGAAUGAGAUGGCUGCAUCAAAACAGAAAAUUGUGGAGGAAUUCCGUUCAGGGCCCUUUAUAUUUGUUCCUAUUGUAGCUGACUCUAGGCAUGAGGAUGUUGUGUCUGGUGUAUUUUUAUCUCCUGAAGAAGUAUAUUGGCACGAUCCCAUUGGAUCUUUUGACAAAAUUAAGGAUGUAUAUCUUCAGUGGAGCUCGGCAAAUAUGGUUGAUUGUCCCCUAAUCAAGACUUUAUGCAAUAUUUAUCAAGGGCUUAAGAAAUUUUUUAUCGACGAAUGUGGAAUACAUGAAUAUCCUCCUCUCUGCAGCUACCUUCAGAUUUUGAAACAGUUAUCAGCUGUUGCUUUGCCUUCACAAGCUAGUGAUGUCGUACUGCAAGUUCUUCUAAAAUGGGCCGAUGGACUAAAAUCAGGACUCCUGAGUUCUGAAGAUAUGGCUUAUCUGAAGGAAUGUAUAGGAAGCUCCGAGUUCACGGUCCUUCCCACCGAACAAGAUAAAUGGGUUUCUCUUCGUCCUUCCACUGGCAUUGUUUGCUUUUGUGAUGACAAGAGAUUAAGACAGCAAUGUAAGAAAGUGGACAAAAUACAUUUUGUGUACUUUGGUGACAUCAGCAAUAGUAAAACAGAGGUUUUUCAGACAGAACUCUCUAACCUCUUGAAAGUUCUAGGUGUUCCUCUUCUUUCUGAGAUUGUAACUCGCGAAGCAAAAUAUUAUGGUCUGAGGGAUUCUGGCUUCAAAACUUCAUUAAUGAACUGGGCUCUUCCUUUUGCUCAGCGCUAUAUGUAUAGUAUGCACCCUGACAAAUAUGCAGAGCUCAAGCAAUCUGGAUUCGACAUCCUGAGUCGUCUGCAAGUAAUUGUUGUUGAAAAGCUGUUUUUUAGAAAUGUUAUAAAGAAUUUUGGACACGCUUCUGAAGAACAGGUUCCAUGUAGCUGUCUUCUGCAGGACAAUAUCUUAUAUACAAUCCAAGACUCAGAUUCUCAUUCCUUGUUUAUGGAGUUUUCUCGCGUGCUAUUUAACGGUGUUCCCAAGCUUCAUUUGGCCAACUUCCUUCACAUGAUCACUACCAUGGCCGAGUCGGGCUCUACCGAAGAGCAAACCGAGUUUUUCAUCUUGAAUACUCAGAAGGUGACGACACUCCCCAAGGAAGAACAUGUUUGGUCCCUUUCAUCUUUCGCUCCAUGGGUUGAGACUCACAACUUGCUUCAAACGUGUUGUAGCCCUCCCGUGCCAAAUGACCAAGGAUCGUAUUCCAAGUCUAAAAAUAAGGCGAGAAAUUGGCCGCCUGUCGAUUGGAAAACUGCUCCGGGUUUUAAUUACGCUCGUCAAAAUGGUUUCAAGACACAACCAGCAAGUUCACUGCCUAACUCCAACCCAUAUGUGGAAAAUGAGUUUGAAGGUAUUGACAAGCAAACAGAGAACUCGGCUCUAGUUUCAGUAGAUACAGAGUGGACCUUUGAAGAUGAUUCAUCGGCCAUGUCGGUAGCAUCAAUCCUUCCCAGCAAUGGUGACAACAUUGGAGAGCUUAACAGCCAUGGCGAUGUUGAUCCUGAGGCCCUUGGUUCUCAACCCGACUCACGUGGCUUUUCUUGGAGAAAUCAGCUUAGAACUGGCACCCCCAAUCCAGUACAGGCAAUGGUAACCGGGCGACUUGGCGAGCAUGUUGCCUUCAAAUACUUAACCGAAAAGUUCAGUGACACAGUAGUACAGUGGGUCAACGAGGAAUCUGAAACCGGAUUCCCCUUCGAUAUAAUCAUAGGAGAUGACGAGAAUAACAGACAGUACAUUGAAGUGAAAUCAACCAGAUCUGCAAGGAAAGAUUGGUUCGACAUAUCUGUGAGAGAAUGGCAAUUUGCAAUCGAAAAAGGCGAAUCAUACAGCAUUGCACAUGUUUUGUUAUCACCUAAUAAUGUCGCCCGGGUUUCGGUUUUUAGGAACCCAGUUAAAUCAUGUCAGUUAAGCAAGCUCCAACUAGCCGUUAUAAUGCCCAAACAGCAGAGGGAAUACUCCAUCGUCUCCUCCUCCUGAAAUGGAAUUCUUCUUCCAUCCUUCUGGAGACUUGGUUUUGCUUUGCAGGGAAAUGCAGCAAACAAGCAAUGCCGUGCGUCGGUGCUUCGGUUUUUAAGGAGAAUAUCUCGAUGCAGUUCGCCGGGCGUCUGGAUUUCUAUGCAUGGUUUUCUCUAAAUCAAUGGAAGCUUUAAUUUGUCUUAGCAGAUUGCUAUCAAGUCUCAUUUGUGAGCAUCAUUGGUAAAAGCUUCUUUCAUUUUUGUCCAUCUAGCAGUAAUCUAUAUGUAAAUAAGUAAAAACCUUUUUUUAAUUAUUAUUAAUAUUUUUUAAAGAAAAAUAUUAAUGAUG